AUGUCGUCGCAAGCUCCAAAACCUUAUCAUCUCCUUCUCCUCCUUCCUCUGCUUUUGUCCUCUCUUCCGCUGAAGGCAUCGUUAUCAACAGCUACAGAAGCUAAAGCUCUGGUUAAGUGGAAGAACAGCUUAACUUCCUCUGCUGCUCUCAAUUCUUGGUCCCUCUCCAAUGUUAGAAGGUUGUGCAACUGGACCGGCAUUGUCUGCAACAACGCCAGAAGCGUCUCCUAUAUCACCCUUUACCGAUUGAACCUCAACGGAACACUCCACAAUUUCAGUUUUUCAUCUCUACCCAAUCUCACUGUCUUGGAUCUCAGUGAAAACAACUUCUAUGGAACAAUCCCGUCAGCCAUUGCCAACCUCUCUAUGCUCACUUAUUUGGACCUGGGCAUCAAUCAUUUCAGCGGUUCCAUACCUACAGAGAUCGGAAGGUUGUCGGAGCUCCAGUUUCUUAGUCUCUCCGAAAACAACCUUAAGGGUCGAAUCCCAUACCAGAUCAGCUAUCUUCAAAAGGUACAGAACUUAGACCUCUCUUCAAACAACUUGGAGUCACCCGACUCGUCAAAGUUCUCUGCAAUGCUCAAUCUUACAGACCUUCGUCUUUGCUAUAAUUCACUUAGCCUGGAGUUUCCACCUUUCAUGUUCAACUGCCCGAAUCUGAUAUAUCUGGACUUAUCCAAGAACGAACUGACUGGUCCUAUACCAGAACAGUUAGCUACCAAUCUACAGAAGGUUGAAUAUCUCAAUUUUACUAGUAACUGGUUUCAAGGACCAUUACCCAUAAGCCUGACCAAACUUGUUCAUCUUAAAGAUUUACGUCUAGGGAUGAACAGGUUCACCGGUGUAAUACCAACAGAGUUUGGUUCUUUUUCCAGAAUUGAAAUUCUGGAAUUAUAUAACAAUUCAUUAGGUGGACAGAUUCCUUCUUCUCUCGGCCAACUCAGGAUGCUUCAGAGACUUGAUCUCCAUGGUAACAGGUUGAACUCUACGAUACCCCCCGAGCUUGGCAAUUGUAGUAACCUCACCUUUCUAGCGCUUGCAGUGAAUUCUCUCAUUGGGGAGCUCCCUCUGUCCCUCUCCAAACUCACAAAGAUAUCCGAACUGGGUAUCUCAAAUAACCUGCUUUCUGGAGAGAUUUCUCCUUACUUCUUUACAAACUGGACACGAUUGAUCUCCUUGCAACUCCAGAAUAAUUCCUUCAUAGGAAUGAUUCCACCUGAGAUUGUCAGAUUAGCAAAGCUCAAUACACUUUUCCUCUACAGGAAUCAACUUUCAGGUACCAUACCCCCGGGGGUUGGAAACCUGAAAAAUUUGGUGCAGCUAGAUCUGUCCGUGAAUAAGCUCAAUGGUCCUAUACCUAACUCACUGGGAAACCUAACGAAGCUUCAAGUAUUACAGCUUUUCUCCAACAAUUUGACAGGUGCAAUUCCUCCAGACAUUGGAAGGAUGACAUCUCUUACCAUGCUUGAUCUCAACACGAAUCAGUUGCAGGGAGAGGUUCCAGAUACCAUCUCUCUCCUUAAGCGACUUGAGUCUCUCUCCUUAUUUUCAAACAAUUUAUCUGGUAGCAUUCCAAAAGGUUUGGGGCAGAAAAGUUCCAAGUUGAGUUUUGUCAGUUUUUCCAACAACAGCUUUUCCGGUGAGUUGCCACCAGAUCUAUGUAAGGGCAAAGCUCUGCAAUAUUUCACGAUAAAUGGCAACAAUUUUACAGGACCAUUGCCAGAUUGCUUGCGGAAUUGCUCUAAACUAAUUAGAGUCCGCCUCGAUGGGAAUGGAUUCACAGGUAACAUAUCUAAAGCAUUUGGAGUACACCCUAAUCUUUUGUACAUAGAUCUUAGUAGGAAUCAGUUUUUUGGUGAGCUCUCUCCAGUUUGGGGAGAAUGUGCAAAUCUCACAUAUUUGCACCUUGAUGGAAAUAAUGUUUCUGGUGAAAUUCCAGCUGAGGUUGGGAAAUUGACCCAAUUAAGCGACCUAAGCCUGUCUUCAAAUCAACUGACGGGGCAAAUUCCAAAAGAGUUGGGAGACUUGGGAAGGUUGUUCAAGCUUAAUUUGAGCAAUAAUCAGUUAACAGGAGUAAUCCCUCAGAACAUUGGGAAUUUGAAGGAGCUAGAAGAACUGGACUUGUCAGAAAAUGAAUUAAAUGGCAGUGUACCUGUAGAGCUUGGAAAUUGCUUCAAGCUAACGAAGCUCAACUUGAGCAACAAUGAGUUAUCAGGUGAAAUACCAUCUGAUCUGGGGAAUUUAAAUGAUUUGCAUUCAUUUCUUGAUCUCAGCAGAAAUUACCUCUCAGGGUCCAUCCCUCAGAACUUGGGGAAGUUGACUAAAUUGGAAAAUCUCAAUCUAUCCCAUAACAAUCUCUCGGGAAAAAUUCCAACAUCAUUAUCCAACAUGUUUAGCCUACAAAUUAUCGAUCUCUCAUAUAACAAGUUGUGUGGUGAGGUCCCAACUGGUGGCAUUUUUCCAAAAGCACCUGCUGCAGCCUUCCUUGGAAACCCAAAAUUAUGUGGUACUGCUCUUCAUGGUUUGCCCCCUUGCAACCCAAAUCCUCACCCCAGAGACUCCAAAAUUCAGAAGAAAAUCCUUGUUGCCAUUAUUCUUCCCAUUGUCUGUUUUUUACUUUUGGGAGCCAUCAUAACUGGGGUUUUGAUCUUAAGUAAGAAAUUAGGACAACAAGAUGAAGACACUAAAAGCAUCAUGAAAAAUGAGUGGAGGCCUGAAUCAUUCAUUUGGGAAAGAGAAGGAAGAUUUACUUUCGGUGAUAUCGCGGAAGCCACAGACAGCUUCAAUGAGAAGUACUGUAUUGGCAAAGGUGGAUUUGGGUCUGUUUACAAAGCAGUGCUUUCAACUGGACACAUUGUUGCUGUUAAGAGGCUCAAUAUGUCAGAUUCUAGUGACAUUCCAGCAUCAAAUCGACGAAGUUUUGAGAAUGAAAUCCGUACAUUAACAGAAGUUCGGCACAGAAAUAUUGUUAAGUUGUAUGGGUUCUGUUCUAUGAAGGGAUGCAUGUAUUUGGUGUAUCAAUAUGUUGAGAGAGGUAGUUUGAGAAAAGUUUUGUAUGGUGAGGAAGGGGGAAGAGAGUUGGACUGGGGGACAAGGGUGAAGAUUAUUCAAGGGCUGACCCAUGCCAUAUCUUACUUGCACCAUGACUGUUCUCCUGCUAUUGUGCAUCGUGACAUAUCUGUGAACAACAUUUUGCUUGAUUCAGAGUUUGAAACUCGGCUUUCAGACUUUGGAACAGCCAGAUUGUUGAGCUCUGAUUCAUCCAAUUGGACUACAGUUGCUGGGUCUUAUGGUUAUAUGGCUCCAGAGCUUGCAUAUACCAUGAAGGUCACAGAAAAAUGUGAUGUUUAUAGCUUUGGAGUGGUGUCAAUGGAAGUUAUGAUGGGAAGACACCCAGGGGAGCUCAUUUCUUCUCUGUCAUCAUCAUCAUCAUCAUCCAGUGAUUAUGACUUGCUGUUGAAGGAUGUAUUAGAUCAAAGACUUCCACCUCCCACAGGUCAAUUGGCAGCAGCAGUAGUUUUUGUUGUUACAAUUGCACUGGCAUGUGGACACACCAAUCCUGAAUCACGGCCUACAAUGCGCUUUGUUGCACAGCAACUGUCAGGUCACACUCAAUCAUAUCUAUCAGAGCCAUUUCGCACAAUUACAAUGAGCAAACUCACAAGCUCGCACCAAUAGCUCAAAUCACAAUUGUUCAUCAACCAAACCAGGCAUCUUACUGAUACAUUAACUGUAAGUCUAUAAACCAUUAUAUAUCAGAACCCUCCAAGAAUAAAAUGA